ACAGUAUUAAUCAAACAUAUUUGUAGUUUCAUAAGUAAAUAUCCGUUUGAUUAGCUAACACUUUCAACGCUAUAUUAUUAUAUCUUUUUCUUUGUCCUCAUCGAUGUCUACUUGUUUUUGUGGAUCAACCGAUCACCGAACCGCUUACUGUCACAUAUCACGCAAAGCACUCGAUGAACAUAUCGGUGACUAUCCGUACGGCUAUUGUCCGCAAACGGUUAGUUACGUCAAAGUGGAUGAUUUGUUCAAACUAUCGGUAGCCGAUAGCAGUAAUAUCGAGUUAAAGCUGUACAAAGUGUCCGAUGACGGCACCGAAAGUCAGGUCACUACCAAUACAAUCAAUUUAGAAGAUAAUGAACGACACCAACAAUCACAACGAAUAUCUCGACUCGUAAUUAAACCCUCAUCUGUAAAGGUGUGGGUAUUGUUGGACUCAUCGAUUAGUGAACAAAAUGCUAGCAGUUUUAGGACUUGUAUUAAUUAUAGCCAACCUUUCAAUAUUAAUAUAUAUCCGCCUAAAACGUCCACAAUCGGACUCUUUAAAAAAUAUUUAACUAAUUACUACUUCUAUGGUUAUAAAGAUUUUAAGUUAUAUUUAAGGAAAAAAUCCGAAACACAGGGACAGAGGCUCAGGGAUGAUAUGCCGAUUAGUAAGGCCUGGCUUUACGGUCAGUUCACCAAUAGUCUGAUUCUGGUCUCUCGGCUCACCAUUAAUGACAUUCAAUUUCAACUAAAACCUAAAUUCAAACUAUUGAGUGAAAGAUUUACGGAACAGUCAUUAACUAUGAGAGAGUGCUUUGAUAAACAAAAUAAAAUCAUUAGCGAUGGUCUCAUCACUGCAAACAACUACAGCGAUAACAAUUUUGAUAUAAUCAAUGCCAAUAUGACAAAGUUGUCGGAGACUAUCGAAAAGUGUCUUACAGACCAAACCAAAGCUAUUACCGAUGCAUUGUUGACCACAACCGGUGGCGGAAUUGGACACAAGUAUUUGAAAGAUGUUUAUGUGGACUCUGAAACAGAUACCCAAUGUUGCGAUCAAUCAGUUAAUUCGCAAUUUGAUGAUAUAGUCGACAAUAACAGUAGCGACAAAACAAGUGUCAGUCAAUUGAUCCCAUCAAAUGAUAAACUGAAUGAUAUUGAUGUGAAUGACUUUAAUGACUGUUUUCUUAAUCAAAUGAAAUCGGUGUUGAACCACAAGGACAGAAAAAUUGAUCAAUUGAUGAAAAUGAAGGCAAAGAUUCAAGAAAAGGAUGACAUAAUUAAUCAAUUGACAAAAGAUAUCAAACAAAUGUUAAAUAUUAAUAAUUAUGCGAAAUCUGAUGACAACUUGUUUACUGAUAUAUAAUUAU